CCACGCCACAGCAGGUGAGCCCCUGGGGGGUCUGCCGCGGAUGAAAGCUCUGCGAGUGCGUGGCACCACCCCUCGUGAACACCCGUGGGAGGCCAUGCCUGAUCUCUGUUUCCGCAGAGAUCUUGAAGACACUGAAAAGGAAGAACAGGCUGCUGAGGAAAAUGCCACAACCGAGGACUUUCAGGGUGAAGGGCCUGCUCCAGCUGCUGGGCUCACUGCUACUCACCCCAAGGCUGCAGACUGUUCUGAGGCGUGCAGGUGCUCUGUGCCCACCCGGCAGCCCCCUACCGGGAACGGGAGCCUCUGCCCAUCUCUGAGGGCUGGUCCGCAGCACCCACUGCUCAGGCCGCGGCACGGGAGGAGCAACACGGAGAGGCUAAAGCUGUUCUUCCGCAGGCUCUUAAAUAGAAGAUGGAAAUAA